AUUUUGCUUCCUUUAAAUGUAAAGGCUGUUUGAAACUUAAAUAUCUGACAUUCUUUUUGGCGCGAUUACACGCAGCAAUUUUUACUGCAACAUGUUGCAAGGGUGUCUACACGGUGGAACGGAGACGCAAUCGUUACCAAAAGCAUAAACGAAUUCUACUUUUGGGAUUACACGGAGCAAUUUUCUCUGCAACUUGUCUUGCGACGGCGUUGCGACACAAGCUGCAUGGAGCAUUAGCGUAUAUUACCUACAGCACCACCAUGAAAUAUCGAGUACUCAUCGUGAGUAAUACAGGAAGGAGAUGAUUUCAGCUUCUAAACUUUUUAUCAGGGUUUAUACGUGCGCAGAGGUUGCUUUAUGUUCAGCGCUGUUAUUUAAGGACCGUGUAUAUAUGUAUUUUGCCGAACGUAACAUUUCAUGCAACAAUAUUUUGGAAAGAUGUACCCGUAUAGGAACUUUGCCUGCAAUAAAAAAAAGUUUUAUGGUAACGCUAUACCCAAUCACAUGAUUGCGCACGUUUCAGGACGUCUUAUUCCUGUCACACUGUGUGUCAUACCUUCAUUUUCGCCCUUCUUCCGUAUGUAAUGGCGACCAUCGCACAGACUGAUGCAACACUGACGUUUGUCGAACAAUUUACAUAUGCUCUCUUGCCUUGGCUUCUACAUUUUGUUGUUUUUCUUUAUCUUAUAAUAAGUAUUUUAAACUAAAAAUUGAUUAAUAUGAUUGCUAUACCGACUUCGUUUUCAAGCAUUCCAGAGUGCAGAUGCCUUAAAUGGUCAACAGCUGACACAAGCCCAAGUUUGCCACAAAACAAGAAAUAUUCAGGCUGUAUAACUUGAUACAUCAAUCAUGGACAACAGAGAAGAUCUUCCACCAUUUCUUCGCAUUGCCUCAAGACCCAAACACGCUAUCAGUGAUCGUAAUGGCGAGAAAAUUGAGCUCCAGGCACCAGCUCCAUCCACUCUCUUGUACGUCCAAGAUUGCAAAAACUGCGAAUUUGAGCUCGAAAAAAAGGCAUUGAAAGUUAUCGUUGAUGGAUGCAAAGAUUGUCUUUUCAACGUGAAUAAUUCUUUACUAACUGGAAUGAUUGAGGUCCUGAAUUGUGAGAAUUUAGCCCUUAAUAUUUUGGAGAAUGGCGUGAUUAUGACACUCACAAUCGACGGCUCUAAAAAUAUCAAGGUAAAUGCACUGAAAAAUGAUCAGUUUGAAUCAAUAUACACCCACCAUUCUCUUGGCGUGGAGGUGGUGGUCGGCACAGAAAACCCAACCAGGGUACCUGUGGUCAUCGACGAUGAACCAGAAAGGCAAUAUCUAGUCCACUGGGAAAAGGAUGGGGACAAUCUUAAUUUAACCUUUGAUAAGGUUAUUAGAGAUGGUAACUACCCAACAACAGAGAAAAAACUGGCAGAGGCAAGAGAAAGGGAGAGGAAGAUGAGUAAAAAGAUGGCUACCAUGUUAGUGGACUCCAUAAAAGUUACAAAGAAAUCCAAAAAAUCCAAAUCAAAGGAAGACGGUGAGAUAAAAAGAUCGCGGUCUUGUUAGUUUUUUGCUGAUAUCCUCCAGUAACAUUGAUUGUGUAUCAAACACUAAGGCUAGACUAAGACAUGAUAAAAGACUGCCUUUUAUCAUAUAAUUAUCCAUAAAAUACCUAUGUUUCUCCUUUUCAUAAAAACUGAUAUUUUCACAUGUAAAAAUAACGUGUUAGUGGGUGCUUGAGAUGCACAUGAACGCGUGCAUUAUUUUAAAACCAUGCCUAAAUGAAUCUUGUUCUCAAUAUCCAUUAAAUGUUUGAAAAAGACUAACUCAAACUCGGUUGACAUAGAAUCUUGAACAACUGAAUUGCAAGAUCUAUUCAUUUGAAAAACACUUGAAAACUAUUGGCCGAUGAUCAAGUAUGCUUAGAAACCAAAAGAGAAAAGACUUUAAAAGAUUGUUGGACUGGCCAGUAGACUUAGCCUGGAGAUACCACAGUUCACAGUGAAGCGCCGCGUUGCUGUCAUAGUUACAGAGAAAGAUAUCACAAUACCGGGUAUUGACGUUAAUUGGAUACGCCUUACUCUUUCCUGCGUCAUGUUGAAGUGAAAUUAUCGCAGUGUUGAAUAGCAAAGACAAGGAAAUCGCAAGUUGUUUUGGAAUAUGAACCAGAUACCACUACCAUGCCUAAAAACAUCAAGGACGUGAAAUAGGUAUUACUCAAAAUAGACUUGAGGAAGAUAUUUUAGGGCAUGAAAAGAUAGAUAUAUAAUAUAGAUAUAGCACUAUUUAAAUAGAUCCUUUUUGAAAGCAGUAGAAAUUCUGUAAUGUAAAGGUGCGGAUACACUGUGCACGUUGCACGAUAUUAUACGUAAUUGACAAUAUCUGCUUUUUGGUGAAAUAAAAAUUGACGAAAAUGAAUAAAAGUACUGCUAACAAAUC